AUGAGCUACCAGGCUCCUCCUCCCGGCACCGCCGCCUACCCGCCGCCGGGCACGGCCUACCCUCCGCCGGGCCAGCAGGCGUACCCGCCACCGGGCGAGGGCUACCCGCCGCCGGCCUACGGCGCGCCGCCACCCAUGGCCGCCGGCGGGUACCCUCCCCCGCCGCCGCCGCAGCAGCAGGAUUCUAAGGGCGGCAACAACGGCUGCUUGAAAGGAUGCUUGGCCGCGCUCUGCUGCUGCUGCAUGCUCGACAUGUGCUUCUGA